UCUUCCUGAACCAAAGUUGCAUCUCGGCUCAUACACAAACCUUGAUUCCACCUGAAAUUUAUCUGUUUCUUUUGGGCUUAUAUUCUUUCCACAAUGGGUCGAGGCAACAAGGGCAACAGAAAAUCUGGGAAGAAACUCAGAACUGUGGGAUCUCAUCAUGACAGGAGGCACUCAAGAAAUGAAGAAGAAUCCGAAGAACAAGGAGGAAGACAGGACCAGUAUUACACUAAUAACUGGGUCAUCGAUAUCAUGACCUCCCUUGAGGAAGGGCACACUUAUGAUGCAGGGAGGUCGUGGACCAUCUACCGAGUCCCUAGCAACUUGUGUGAAGUCCAGAAGAAUGCUUUCCUGCCCAAAAUAAUAUCCGUCGGUCCCUUCCAUUAUCGUGAAAGAGAAGAGAGGCUGCAGGUCAUGGAAGAGCACAAGAUGCGGUUUCUGAUGCGCCUUCUGGGAGGGAAGUUGGAGCGGCGGAAAAGUGAUGGAGAUAUGUCGGCGACGACCAAGGGGGAGAGGGAGUCCGAUGACCGUGAUUGUCUAGAAGACAACAUUGAGGGUCGGAUGGCAAAACCCGUGCUUUUGGAUGACCUUGUGGAAGCCAUGCAGAUGUUGGAGGAAAAAACGAGGGCCUGUUAUUCGGAGAGCUUUGAUGAUAUUGGCGGCGACGACUUUGUGGAAAUGAUGGUCGUCGAUGGUUGCUUCAUGGUCGAACUAUUGCGCCUUUACUAUGACUCUGUCCACACAGAGUCCCCUGGAGUGGCAAAUGUGGACGAUCCGAUUUUCACCACCCCCUGGAUGCUAAGAACCCUUCAACGCGAUCUUCUGAUGCUUGAGAACCAACUACCUUUCUUCGUUCUUGAGAAACUCUUCGAGCUGAUCAACAACAACAAAAGCAUCGAUCGACAAGCUGUGUCGCUGGAAGUACUCGCGGUCACCUUCUUUGACCCAUUGUUACCCCGAAAAAAUGCUGACUCUAAGUUGAAUACCAAAAAACCCUACGCUCAUCUGCUCGAUGUCUUCCGCUCUACCUUCCUCAAAUCCGUAAGAGAGAAAGUCGACAAGCAGGGAAUGGCUCAGGUCAAGAUGCAGUCACAUCCCGAUGGUAGUGUCGGCGCCCUUGUCCGAGAAAGGCAGCUAAUACACUCUGUCUCAGAGCUCCGAGAGGCGGGCGUGCAAUUCAAGAAGAGGAAGGGCCAAGACUUACUGGACAUCAACUUUGCUCACCGCACUCUACAGAUCCCUCCGUUGUCCAUGGACGACAACACGGUCCCUCUCUUUUUGAACUUCGUUGCCUACGAACAGUGCCACGACCACGCCAAGCCCUACUUCACGAAUUACUUCAUGUUCUGGGACAGUUUGGUCAAUAGCCCCGGGGAUAUUCAAAUUCUCCACAAGCAUGGGGUCAUCAAUCACGUGUUGGGAAGCAAUGGGGACGUGGCCAAUCUAUUGAACAAGCUGUGUAGAGAGAUCGUUUACGAUCUCGAUCAGUGCUACUUGUACAACGAGAUCAAGGAGGUAAAUGAUUAUUGCAAGCCUUAUGACGAGAGCAAGUACCGUGUCUGGUGGAGAAACCUCAUCCGCGAACGUUUCAGCAGUCCGUGGACAUGCCUCUCUCUCUUUGCUGCCAUCAUCCUCUUGCUGCUUACACUCCUCCAGACGCUCUACACCCUGUACCCUUACUAUCGUCCGCAUUAAGCUUUGUGUCUGUCAUUCUAUGCCAAGAUGUGUUGUUUGUUAUGGCUUUUUAGCAUUGGAUGUCCUGUGUUUAUAAUUGUUGCAUGGUGGCUUUACAUGAUGGGAAUUGUAUCCGCUACAUUUGAAUAUUUGGAUUGUUGUGGUGUGUAAUUCAAUUUGGUACUUUUUGAA